GUGUGUGUGUUCUGCAGGGCUCGUGAUGCUGUGUGUUCUUCUGCUGGUUCUGCACUGGACGCUGGUCUCCUCGAGUUCGUCCACUCGCGCCUCUAGCGCCGCCCUGCAGGAGGAUGGCACCAGGCCGUUCAUUCACCGCUGCCGAUCGCCCAACAUGGAGGACUUCAGCUGCUGGUGGCGUCCCAUCGAGGGGCAGGACAACAUCACCUACACGCUUCAGUACAGGACGGGCGAUGACGCUCCUCAGGACUGUCCCGACUACACCAGCAGCGGCACCAACAGCUGCUUCUUCGACACCAGACACACGCAGGUCUGGCAGAUCUACUGCAUGACCGUGACGGCUCACACGGCCUCGGGCCCGCGGACCUCGCAGAGACACUGCCUGGACGUGGCCGAUAUAGUGCAGACCGACCCGCCCUUUAACCUGUCCUACAUCAUGCUGAACGAGAGCCACUGUGAAUCCUGCCGCUCCGUCACGCUGUCCUGGAUGUUCCCGAUCGCGUCUCUGGUGCGCGAGGGAUGGAUUACGCUGGUCUACGAGCUGCGCUACAGAAACCUCGCUCAGCCCGACACAUGGAAGGUGAAGGAGCGUUUGCGGGAGCCUCAUGUUGACUUGUUGGGUCUGCCGGUGGGAAAGUAUGAGUUCAUGGUCCGGUGCCGCUCCGGAAACAGCAAACACUGGAGCGCAUGGAGCGAGUCCAUCAACAUCAGCGUCAUCGGCAAAACUCUGUCCGAUCGCUUGUUGGUCUUCAUUCUGCUGACCAGCCUCGGCAUCAUGGCCUUCCUCAUCAUCGGUUUUGGGUUUAUUCCACAAGGAAAGAGAAUCAAAGCGUUCCUCUUACCGCCGAUUCCCAAACCGCGCAUCCGUGGGCUUGAACCGGUUCUGCUGAAGAAUGGGAAGCUCGAUGAGAUCAAUCGUCAUUUCUCCAGUUUCCACGGCUAUAAGUCUCCUCAGUACUCCAUAGAGACGUGGUACCAGGUGAGCAUGGACUCGGGUUCGGCCCUGACGCCCAACAGCUUCCCGUCUCACUGUGAACAAAAGCCCGUCACCGGCCCCGAGGGACCGCCGGCCCUUCAGACGAGCUCCAGUCCGAACCCGUACUGCCCCAGUGGCCCCGCCUCCUACUGUGAGGGAGCCACGCCCCCUCCCGACCCUGGCCACGCCCUCCCCGAGCUCUUGUCGGUCCCAGGCAUGGACUACACCAUGAUUCUAGGCUCCGCCCCCGCGCCAGCGUCACAUGACUUCUACACGUGUGUGACUGGCGUGACGGCCAGCGGGCAGCUUCAUCUGGUGCCUCACCUGCCCAACAUGCUGAAACACACACACACACCCUACGUGCAGUUUAAAGAGGACGUGGACAAGAGCUGCCAGCUGGUGGCGCUGUUGGAGAAGCAGAAGGAGGAGCUGAAGGACACCGACCCGAGCGAAGCUGCCAUGCCUUUAAUACCUCAUUCAUCAGACUGA